GUAUUAAUUCCGCUGCGGAGCUACUUCCGUGUACGUUUUUGCUCAGCGCUUCGCUAAAGAUUUCUUCUCAAAUUAGAACAGCUCGUGCCGCAGCCUCGACUCACUAUGCGUCAUUACUAAUAUACCGAACUCAAUUUAAUCCUCGUAUUUGGAUGAACUCGUGUCGGUGCACGGUAAAGCUUUGCAGCAUAGCUUAGCAUAGCUUGCUAGCUACCAACAAGGAGACGCGAUCAAGUGCUGAUCGUAUGGCGAUGUGUGCGGUCAUAGUAAAAGAAGAGUACGAAGAGGAGCUGUGCCGAUUAAAAGAGAACGAGGGACAGCGUCUACGGUCAGACGCUGUUUUUAAAACGCCCCGUGUUGUGUCGCACAGAGCAGACGUCACCAAAAAUGUUCUUCCUGAGCAGCAUGGCCCCAAGUGGCCCUCCAUUAAAAAGGAAGUAGCGGUGCCCCCCCAUAUUAAAGAGGAAGAAGAUCCUGGGCACCACUGUGGGUUAUCACGUACGCGCAGCCGACCAGAUUGUGACGUAUCGUCACACUCUUCUGACAGUGACGAUGAGCACUCUAAAGGUUUCGGGCAUCCGUCCAAUUACGUCGGAACCACAACCAGCACUGGAUGUAGAAAUAAAGACAGAACUGAACAUUCAAUUACAAUUCCUGAAGGUAGUGACAAUGGAUUGGUGUAUGAAUUAAACACUGACGAGCCAGUUUGUCUUUCUCGGGAAAUGCCGGAUGACAAACAACAUCAUGAGGAAACAGAAUCGUUUUCCGAGCAGCAGAAUUCUCUGGAAACGUUAGAUGAAGACCAACACGAGGCAGCAGAUUCGUUUUCUUACACCGAGGAGGCUUUCGUGUGUCAAAUGCACAAGCAACGAUCCGGAGAGAGCUUCCACAGCAGAGAGCUUCCGCAACAUCAGAGGGAUCUCAUCGUUGAGCGGUACCAGUCGGGAGAAGGCUACAAGCGGAUUUCCAAGGCACUGAAUAUAUCUUGGAGCACAGUGAAGAGCGUCAUCGUUAAGUGGAGAAAAAACGGCACCACAGUCCCGUUACCACGGACCGGACGGCCCUCCAAAAUCGACGAAAAGACGAGACGGGAACUGGUCAGGGAGGCCGUCAAGAGGCCGACGGCAACGUUGAAGGAGCUGCAGCAAUUUCUAGCCAGUACUGGCUGUUCGGUACACGUGACAACAAUCUCCCGGCUUCUUCAUAUGUCUGGACUAUGGGGUAGGGUGGCUAGAUAAGGCGGAGAAGCCAGCAAAUUGUGAGAAAUGUUUUGUUUUGGCGUUGGUUCUUAAGUCUUUUUGUAAAGUAAUAUAUCCAUGAUGAGUAAUAUUGUGAAUAAAUCACUUUCGUUACACCAA